AUGUUGCUAUUGGAAAGAGAAUAUAGGAAAUAUGUAAUCUUCAACACUCGAUCUAUGAAUUCCCAACUACAGCAUCUCACUAACGGUCAAAUCCUACAAGACUAUCACAACCAAGAACCAAACUACUAUGCCUUCCUCAAGCAGAACCCAUCUCUCAAACAUAACCCAACCGCCACUGCUGCUGCAAUAGCCACAGUAGCAGCAGCUGUAGCAACAGCAGCCUCAAAUACAUCCAAACCAACUAGGGUUAUCCAGUCUGACCUUCCAUUUUAUUAUUCUCAUCAUUCAACAGCACCUGUUCUCAAUGAUCAAGAACAAUACCCGUCUUUUAAGGAAUUUGAUAAUAUCGUCCAAGAGUAUCUCCAGAAUCUCUCCUCCAAAAAGCGUGACAAGGCUCUUGUCGAUCAGCAUCGAUACUCACUCAUUCUCCAGGUACUCAAGGAUCCAAGAAACACAGCCAUAUCCACUGCCCAAUUCAGAUUCUGGGUUAAAAAGAUGUUCCAGCUCGCCCCCACAAAUUCCAUGGAUGUAGUUUGUCAUGACAACAAACCCGUUGCUAUGCGUGAACAGAUCUACAGUAUCCUAGUACGUGCACACCGUGAAGCCCAUCACGGAGGCAGAGAUAAGACAUCAGCCCUGGUCCGAAGACGCUACUCAUGGAUCCCCAAGGAGCUCAUCGCCCGUUUUGUCAGACAGUGUCCUUUUUGCAUUUCGAGACGCAAUGGAUGCACCAGCCCAACAAUGAAUGGAGUGCCAAAGUCACCACAAACUCAGAUCGAUCAGACAUCCUCCCCUGCACUACCCUGCCUAUCCUCAAUAGACACAAAACCAUCGAUCAACACAAGUAUGGACUAUUCAGUGGACACAAAACCAUUUGAGGACGUGUCAUGUUCUGAGCCACUGUGGCAACACGACCCAGCCUAUUAUUACCAACCACCACCACCAGCCACCGCCCACCCAAAUCCCAGAAUGUACUUGUCUAUGGCUGCUUCUGUGGCCACAACUGCUGCUGCCGCUGCCGUAGCAUCUUCCUCUACAUACAUCGGAGGUCCCCCUACUCCAUCUUCUCCAUUUGAUGCCUCAUUCUAUUACUCACAGCAACAGAAUAACCAUAACCAUCACAACCAUAAUCAUAAUCAUCAUCACAAUCAUCAUAACCAUAAUAAUAGUAAUAGUGGAAUGGAGUUCUUGUCAUCAUCAUUUGGCGGUAACUAUUACCUUAAUGAUUCCCAGGCAGAGCCAUAUUCAAUUCUAGACCGGCGAUCAAGCCAUAAUGCAUCGGAUAUUAGCUACACUGACCCAAUGGACGACUAUCCCUCUUCAUCUGAAUCCUCAUGCUCUUCACUCGUUAUUAUACCCGGCUCUUCAAACGAUCACCAAACACUCACCCAGCUCACCCAGCACCAGCAAAUCCAGGCUCUUUCUGUACUGUCUUAUGCAUCCUCCCCACCAUCAUCUGAGCCGUCCCUUAGUGCCUCUCCACAGAAUUUGUCUAGCGAUCAAACCACUCACCGCAUCAAGGGCGAGGAGCUAAAUCGAAUUGAUACACGACAAGCAUCCCUCCUGGCAAACCCCCCUGUAGGUGUACAGACAAGCCAAUCAGGUUACAAUAACGGCACGUUGUUCUUGGCUUCUGCAAAUUCAACGUUUUAUUCACCGCCUUCUCCAGAAUGCUCAGAGUCGUCUUCUCCCCCCACUUCUCCCACAGACGGCCCUUCACCCCCUCCUUCUGCCUAUUCGUUUGUACCCCUCUCACACCCAUCAAUAGGAAACGGAAACACACUCCAGAACCAAAUGGAUCUGUUGUCUCACCAUAGACUCAUAUAA